GGACGCGCGAGUGUAAGUGGAGUGCGCGGGGGCGGGGCAGGCCCUGGACGGUCAUGGCCAUUAAUAGAGACCUGAGCACCGCCUGCUAAAAAUACCCGGCUGGGAGACCCAUAAAAGCGCCAACGCGGAGCCCCGGCCCGGCACUUCCACCUUCCAGUCCGACUCGCCAGAACCGAACAUGACCGAGCGCCGCGUGCCUUUCUCGCUCCUGCGCAGCCCCAGCUGGGACCCUUUCCGGGACUGGUACCCUGCCCACAGCCGCCUCUUCGAUCAGGCCUUCGGAUUGCCCCGGCUGCCCGAGGAAUGGUCGCAGUGGUUUGGAGCCAGCGGCUGGCCCGGCUACGUGCGCCCGCUGCCGCCGGCCGCCGAGGCCCCCGGCGCCGUGACCGUGGCCGCGGCCGCGCCCCCCUACGGUAGCCGCGCGCUCAGCCGGCAGCUCAGCAGCGGCGUCUCGGAGAUCCGGCACACCGCCGACCGCUGGCGGGUGUCCCUGGACGUCAAUCACUUCGCCCCCGAGGAGCUCACGGUCAAGACCAAGGACGGCGUGGUGGAGAUCACCGGCAAGCACGAAGAGAGGCAGGAUGAGCAUGGCUACAUCUCCCGGUGCUUCACGCGGAAAUACACGCUGCCUCCCGGUGUAGACCCGACCCUGGUGUCCUCUUCCCUGUCCCCCGAGGGCACACUUACUGUGGAGGCUCCACUGCCCAAGCCAGCCACACAGUCAGCGGAAAUCACCAUUCCAGUCACCUUCGAAGCCCGUGCCCAGAUUGGGGGCCCCGAAACCGGGAAGUCAGAACAAACUGAAGCCAAGUAGAUGCCAGCCACCCUGCUGCCACACCCAGUAGGGGUUCACACAUGACCGUGCCCUGCUGCCAAUCUGUAUGCUUUUCUUUUUAUAUACAUAUGUACACACAUAACCUUCUGUUUUUCUCAAAUAAAUUUGGAAGCAACCUCUUG